GCGGCAGUGCUUGCAGAAUCCCUGUAUGGCACAACGCGAUUAUUCGCUCUGGCGGAUUGAGUGUCAUUGUUUUGCUUGCAUUUUUUUUUCUCUCUUUCCAACCACAAGCAUCGCUCACCUUUCGGGAAAGGGACGUUGUUUUGCACAGUCUGCGCGCCACUGGAUAGGGCAGAGUUACGCGCUGCCUGACUUACAUUGCCUGGACGCUCUAUGCUAAGCGAGCUUCACAAUUCAAGCUGCACAGGAGCCUGCUGGCGAGUCUCUAAAGUUUAAGAGCGCUGUGUGGGCCGCAGACAUUCGAAGGACGAAACGUUGCAACUCAAGAGUUUUCCGCUUCAAUUUCAGCUCAGUGAAAUUGCUUUACUUGGUAACAUUGGCAUAAGGGCAAAUUGCCGCAGACAUGAACAUCCUCAAGUUGUCCGCGUACCCAACAUACCUUCUGUCUCUGCUGACUUGCACCGUCGUUUUAGGAGCCGCCGUUGAUGUCAUCAUCGUGGAAGACACUGCAAGUCCUUGUUCGGCGAACGAGUUCAAAUGCGCUGGAAGCGACGUCUGCAUCGCAGUCGCGAGGCUUUGCGACGGCUUUGCAGGACUGCGACGAUGGCUCCGACGAAGAGAACUGCGCAGUGGCCCGAAAGUGCUCGGCCACGGAGUUUCAGUGCACAAAUCGGCAGUGCAUCUCCAGCUGGCGACGGUGCGACGGACAGUACGACUGCGACGACCACUCGGACGAAACGGCUCCCUUCUGUGGAGCCGAGACGUGUCACCCGGACCACUUUCAGUGCGAGAACCGUACCGGUGCGUGCAUUCCCUCGGAAUGGCGGUGCGACAAGACCCAGGACUGCGCCGAUGGCUCGGACGAAGAGGACUGCGACCCCUUCCCGUGCCCCGAAGAAACCAUGUUCCUGUGCGACAACGGCCGAUGUCUCUCGAAGGAGUGGAGGUGCGAUGGCGAUAACGAUUGCGGCGAUGGCUCCGACGAGACCAAUUGCACACGUAGGGACUGCUCUUCGAAGGAAUUUGAAUGCGCCAACGGCCAGUGCAUCAGGAGGGCGUGGCUUUGCGACGGCUAUCGGGACUGUCUGGACGGGUCGGACGAAGACGCGUCCACCACGUGCAACACCACCGCGUGUCGCGGCGACGAGUUCCCCUGCGGUCCUGCUGGCGGUGGAUGCGUCCCCGGGAAGUUCCGAUGCGACGGCUACGGAGACUGCACAGACGGCUCAGACGAGAAGGACUGUCCGGUAAGUGGCGCCACGAGCGAAUUUGCCUGCAACGACGGCCAGCGCGUGCCACUUUGGUCGUGUUGCGACGGCUACGCCAACUGCGACGAUGGCUCCGACGAAACUGCCGACGUCUGUCACGCUCUGGGGUGGUGCGCUGGCAACGAGUUGACGUGCGAUUCGCCCGAGCGUUCCUGCGUUCCCGCCGCGUUUGCGUGCGACGGUUACGAGGACUGCGUCGGAGGAUCCGACGAGAGGAACUGCGCAGGCUCGGCGUGCUCGUCCGAAGAGUUCGCGUGCAAGAACGGCCAGUGCGUGCCGAAAGGAUCGCUGUGUGACGGUCACCUUGACUGCGAGGACGGCUCCGACGAGCACCGGACCAUCUGCGCCCUGAAUGCGUGCCGUCCGGACGAAUUCGCGUGCAAGAAUCCCCGCGGAAGCUGCGUUUCCAGUGCGCUCCGGUGUAACGGUAGCGUCGACUGUGAAGACGGCUCCGAUGAAAUGGGGUGCUGAGGGAGAACUUUGUACUACCUGUGACACUUCGUACGCUGUGCAGAGCAUAUGUUACCGGUAUUACGUGAACAUGUCAUUCCAGACGACACGAAAACUCCGCAUGUGUCACUACGUUAGCCAGCUGUAUAUCUCUAUGCGUAUCUCAUAUGAAAGCAAGCGGAACCAAAACAUGCAAUCGUGCAUAUCAAUGAUAAUGUUUUGUAGACCAUGGUCGUCAACUCCUUUCUGCUAUUGAAAUAUGUUGUUCACUGAUACGCGCUGCGACACGUGAUUAGAAUACCCAAGAUGCAUGCUGGUAUAAAAUGUUUGAUACUAAGUUUAACAGUUCGUCAGAUGAUUCUUGAAUUUCGUUCACACAAGAUGUAUGAAAGAGAGUACUUAAAGAUCUCUUGCGCUAUCAAGAAUUGCAGAAGCUGGAAAGGUUCUUGUGUCCCACGGGAAUUAUUGCAGGAGUCUCUGCGGAACAAAGAAAUCGCCAGAAGCCCUUGCUCCUAAGGACAUGUCCUAAAUUCGUAACACUUCUUUCGAGCAGUCGCAUACCAAGUCAACAAAUGAGCAGCCGCCUGUUAUCUGUCGUCCUUUUGUGGAAGUAUUGUUUAAGGCUUUAGAAUAAUGCAAAUCUUUAUAUAACGCAAGAAACUUCGUAACUUUACCUAAUGAUUACGAUUGAACACGUGGUGCGGAACAUUACUCGAUGAAAACUAAAGAUCGCUACUCUUCAGUGCUUGCGAAUAACUAUGGGUUGCUUAGAUUACAGCGUGUUCUGGGGCUACAUUUUUCUGUGAGUAUAAUAAGUUACUCUUCAUCUAUGGUAUCCUCAGAGCCAAUGACAUCACACAGGGGAGUGCGAAAAAAAAGUUGAAGAUAAAAUAUGCACAAGAAAGAGCAUCAAGGAUCUCAACAAAGUACUACUAUUAUAAAACAUUUGCGAAUCAGAUCAAGGUUCAUAAUUCAUGGUUUACGGAGUUUCAGUGCAUCAAUCGGCAAUGCAUCUCAAGCUGGCGACGGUGCGACGGCCACUACGAAUGCGACGACCACUCGAAAAAGUGAGAAACUUCAAAUGACGCCCAUGAACGCAUGAAAAACAUAAAAACCCUCAAAAUAAAACAUCGCGUAAGGUUUCUUGUAAACAUUGCAUAAAUAACAAAUUCGAUCCAAAAUUAUUGUUUUUACUUACAAAGCUACACACCGCAAGCGGCGG